UUCCGGCAAACAGGAGCGGACUGCCCAAGUGCCAUCAUUCCAUGUGAUAUUUUGGCCAGAUGUGUCGGCUGGAAGUGUCAGGUGUGUGCCGGAUCUGGGUUGGGGGUUUGAAUCCCACCUUGUGUGUCUCCUUGUGUGUGUGUGGAGUUUACAUGUUCUCUCUGUGCUUCGCGGGUUUUCCUCUGGGUUUCCUCCCCCAGUCCAAAGACUUGCAUUGUAGGCUGAUUGGCAUUCCCAAAACCGUCCAUAGUGUGUGAAUGGGUGUGUGAGUGUCUGUGAAAUUGUGUCCUGUGAUGGGUUCACACUCCAUCCAGGGUAUCCCCCACCUUGUGCCCUGAGUUCCCUGGGAUAGGCUCCAGUCUCCCCAUGACACUGUAUAGGAUAAGCAGUACAGAAAAUCUAUGGAUGUAUAUGAGAUAAUAGCUUUUAAAUAAUUUUAAAGCACAACAAUCAUUGAAAAUAAACAGCACAUCAGCUGCAAAAGCCUGGACAUUAGUUUGUAAUUAAUUUAUUGCUAAAAACACAUCUAUAAGAGUGGUAGAGCUUUUUUUUUUUUUUUUUCUUAACUUCCUUGCUACUUCCUCUUUUAAGAAGUAUUUGAAUUUGAGCUGCAUUUAUAAACGUAGGUAUUGUGGAAGAACAAGUGAACAUAUUUAUUUGUUUGUUUGUUUGUUUGCUUAAAGCGCACCUAUUAUGAUUUUGAAGUGUGCCUAAUUUUGUUUUAAAGGUCUCAUACAAUAGAUUUACAUGCAUCCAAGGCCAAAAAACACUUUAAUGUGCACAUAAACCAACCCCCUUCACACUCCAUGAAAGGUAAUAUUUGAAAAAACAUAAUAGGUGCACUUUAAACUAUCUUUACGACUUUGACAGCACUCUUAUUAUGUAAAACGUUUUGCGUCGCUGUUUUUUUAAACCGCUAUCGUUUCCAGCUUCACACUUCUCCUCGCCUGCGUGUUAGUUUUAUCGUCAGUUCUGAUUUAGUUGCUGUCGAGCUCCUGAUUUUCACUGAACAGAGGAAUCAAUCGAGAUGGAGAAAGCAGAGACCACAUCGGAGCUCCAGUCCAGACUGUCGUCCCUGUCCGUUUCCUCUUUCUCCGGCAUCGAGUCCAAAAACUGUGACUCCAACCCGCUGGACAGACUUCAAAGCACAGAUCUUUCUCAGCCCGUAAUACACCCCGACAACCAGAGCCAAAUGGAUGACAACAGCAAUACCAAAGGAUUACAGCAACCCGUCAAGGAUGAGCCAGCAGCAACAGGAGAAUCUGUAGAAAGCAGCACAGCUGAAAAAUCUUCUGACCCUAGAGAGAUAAAAGCCUUACCACCUUUGCAGCCAGCCAACACAUGGACCUCUGUGUCGCUGAAAGAGCUGAAGGAUAAGCUGCGUCAAGAGAAGGACAGUGUGGUUACUAUUUACCGUGGAGACAUUAUGACUGUCCAUGUACCUACCAUCCCUGAGGCCAAGCACGUGUGCUGGGAGUUUGCUACAGAUGGCUACGAUAUCGGGUUUGGGGUUUACUUUGACUGGUCACCUGUUACCACCCGAGCCAUAACGGUGCACAUCAGUGAAUCCAGUGAUGAUGAGGAUGAAGAUGAUGAGCUUGAAGCUGGACCUGUGGUUCCUGGAGAUGUGGAGAAAGGGUCUAAAACAGCAGCCAACCCUAAUUUGGGAGAGAUCCUUCCUAUGUACCGUCAGGACAGUCACCUGACUGUUCAUGGGGGUAGUCACAGUUUCCCAGGAGAAGGCACAUACCUCAUAAAGUUCGACAACUCCUACUCCUUAUGGCGGAAUAAGACUCUAUACUACAGAGUGUACUACAGUGCCUGAGGAACCAAGUGCAUACCUGCAGAUGAAUGUUUUGAUAAUAUAUAUUUUUGGUCAACAUAUAUAAAUAUAUGUAUAUAUAUUUACAACACUGAGAUAUAUACAUAUACAUAUAUCAUUCCUGCUAUAUUCAUACACUGAUUUUUAUUUUGAGGCAAAUUUUAUUGUAUAGAUGCUAAGCCAAACUCGGCUACUCAGAUUUGUCCUUAUCUAUAUGAAAGGUUUUUAAACUUGAGUAGAAUCAUAUAGCUUCUAUGUGCAGAUGUGUUGUGUAUUUUUCAAAUGUGUGAAGAAUUUGUGAAGUACCCAUAUACAUGUUUUGUAUUUAUAUUGUCUCGUCACACCACAACACUUAACUGUGGCCUCAGUAAUCAGGUAAUACAAUGGUUCAGGGAAAGAUGCUUAAGCAAAUUAAUGAAUUGUUCAGUACUAUAUGGUGAAUAAAGAUGGAAAUCAUGAAAGUGUGGAUGUGUGAUGUGGCACUGGCCACUACUGACUCAGGUGAUGAAUACUAAAGGAUAUUUAUGUUCUGAUCACAGUCAAAACACAGCCAGUGCUGAUCCUGCGUUGAUUUAUCUGAGAUGUAUUUACAUGUUUUAUUGUUGUAGCCUCCAAGUACAUUUUCUGUACACUAAUCUAAACUCCAUCUCAUCCAAAUUUUAAUCGGGUUGCUGUGAUUCAAAUGCAAACCCUCAGAGUUACACAUUCAGACUUUCACUAGUUUUUUUUUUUUUGUUUAAAAAAAUUUUUUUUUUUUUUUUUACUGCAGAUGCAACAUCCAUUAACUCAGUCACCAGGGAUACUGGCCACAGUUUGCCUUUUUAUGACUUAAGUGCAAACUAUUUCCUGUCACAUAAAGCCUAGAUGUAAUAUAACUAAUUCAAUAUUUACAUGGCCCACCAGGUACCUUUUCAGUGGAGGGGGGGUGUUGGGGUGGUUUGCCACCUGUUUGCUUUCUGAAUUGGUAGGUAAUAGUAAAGGUUGACAUGCUAUUAAACUAGUAUAGAAACAUUAUAUGUGCUGCUUUCUCUAUGUCUGUUAAAUGAACAAUGAAAAGCUCUGUGUUGACAAUCAUAGUGUUGUAUUUUUUCUGUUUAUUUUUUGUACUACUUGUCAAUGAGUACCAAAACGUAAGUGUGGUCUUGGGAGAUAAUUGCUAUAAUGUGGGUAAUUCAGCAGCUCAAGGGCGUGUUCUGUUCAUACACUUGCACUCAGUGUAUUCACAUAUGGUGGUUUUUUUGUUUGUUUGUUUUUUACUUUUAACAUUCUGGUUAUUUGCAUGUUUCCAAAGGGACCUUUCAGUUGUGCUGCUCAAAUACACAAUACUGAUGGCUGUUGUGCUUUUUUUGUCUACUAUCUUAUUGUUUGUGAUGUAUUAAUAUAUUAUUGGUCUUCUGCUUUUACUCUACUGCUUCUGCUUUUUAUUCAAUAAAUAUUUGUACGUGGUA